AUGGAUUAAAAUAACCUCCAUACAUUGUUUUUUAUUGAUCAUAUUCUUAAAAAUGAGCAAGCACAAAAGAUACAACAGCUUGCCAAAGAGUACAGUGCAGAGAAUGCUCACAUUAGGGAUAUGGCUAAAGACCAGGCUGACCUAUUUUUAUCAUAACUCCCAAUUUCAAGUUAUGGGGAAGAGAAAGUCAAAAGGCUAUAUUUUGAUGGAUGUUUCGAUUUAAUGCACUCUGGACAUUUCAACGCACUUCGUUAAGCCAAAGAGUUAUGCGAAACUUUGGUUGUUGGAGUGAUAAAAUCCGAUGCCAUAGCUAAAGCAAAAGGCCCUCCAAUCAUGACUGAUGAGGAAAGAUUGGCCUUAGCUAGUGGCUGCAAAUGGGUUGACGAAGUAGUUAUCCAGGAAACCUACGAUCCAACAAUAGAAUAGAUAGAUCGACAUUCUUGUUCCCAUGUUGCUCACGGUGAUGAUUUAGUCUAAACUGCUGAUGGAAAGGAUGCUUAUUAGCCAUUUAAAGAUGCAAAAAGAAUGAAAAUUUUUAAAAGAACAGAAGGAAUCAGUACAACUGACAUAGUGGGAAGAAUGUUAUUGAUGACCAAAGAAGGGAUGUGGGAAGAAAAGAAAGUAUUUUAACAGUAAACCAUCGUCGAAGCAUCCAACAUCAACUCCUUGGAAAUAGAUCAAGCCUCCAUUGAAUAAACCUUAAAUAACAAGAUUUUGAACACAACCAGAAGAAUCAUGUAGUUUAGCAACAACAAGAAACCAAAAUCCGGUGACAAAAUCGUUUAUAUUGAUGGGUCCUUUGACAUUCUCCAUUAAGGUCAUGUGGAUGUUCUAAGAAAAGCCAAGGAAAUGGGAGAUUUCUUGUAUGUUGGAGUUUAUGAUAAUGAGACUAUUAAUAAAAUAAAAGGAAGAAAUUAUCCAAUUUUAAAUUUGUAAGAGAGAGUUUUAAAUUUGUUGGCUAUUAAAUAUGUCGAUGAAGUUAUUAUGGGAGUUCCAUAUAAAGUGAAUGAACAAUUAAUCAAAAAUUUCAAAAUUGAUUUAGUCGUUGAAGGCAGUUGCUCUUCAAAAACCAGCGAAGAUCCUUAUGAAUUACCUAUCAAAUUGGGAAUCUAUUAGUAAAUCAAAGCUGUACACAAACAGACUACUGAUGAGCUAAUUGAAAGAAUCGUUGGAAAUAGAUUAAGAUUUUUGGAGAAGUACAACUCCAGAAAAAAGAAAGAAAUCAAUUUCUUUGAAAAUCAUGAUUACAAAGUGGAAGAAAUAUGA